CAGCAGAAGUGGGUCGAUUUAAAGGUUCACCUGAACAUUUAUGUUUGUGUGAAUUUUGUGAUCUCCAGGUUGUGGAAGAUGAAUUUCAUUUUGGUUUUUAUUGUCCUUUAUAUUGUGAUUUAAGGAACUCUCUUUUUGAAUCAAUCCAGUUUAAAAAUCCUGAUAUAUUUUGGAAAUAUGAAGGAGAGAUUCUGUGCUGGUUGUGUGGAGGAAGAGUUGGACCGAGCAGAACCUGCAGGAUCCAUCUGUCCGUCUAUGAAGAGUGAUCGGUCCAAAGAUGAUCCUCCAUUCUUCAGUUCUGAACCUGGACCAUCAGACACAAAAGAGAAGAAGCAGCCCACCUGCUGUGUUUGCUGUCAGGACGUCCUGAAGGAUCCGGUCUCUACCAGCUGUGGACACUGGUUCUGCAGACGCUGCAUCACCUCAUACUGGGACCAGUCUGCUUCACCAGGAGACUCCUCCUGUCCCCAGUGUGGAGUGAACGUUGGUCUGCAGGAGGUUUUAGAUGAACAUAAGAUCAGUCUGAGGAGGAGAUGUGAACAUGUGACUGAAGGAAGUGAUGGAACAGGAAGUGAUGGAACAGGAAGUGGAACCCUCCUCAGCAGGAUCUACACUGAGCUCUACAUCACAGAGGGACAGAGUGAAGAGGUUAAUACCCAACAUGAGGUGAGGCAGCUUGAGACAGCUUCCAAGAAGAAGACCUUCAGUGAAACUCCAAUCAGGUGCUGCGACAUCUUUAAAGCCUCACCUGACCAACAGAGACCCAUCAGAGUGGUUCUGACCAACGGCGUCGCUGGAGUUGGAAAAACCUUCUCGGUGCAGAAGUUCACUCUGGACUGGGCAGAGGGCUCCGAAAACCAAGAUGUCAGUCUGCUGGUUCUGCUGUCGUUCAGGGAGCUGAACCUGAUCAGAGAUGAGCAGUACAGUCUUCUCAGGCUGCUCCAUGUUUUCCAUCCAACAUUACAGAAGGUGACAGCAGAGAAGCUCGCUGUCUGUAAACUUCUCUUCAUCUUUGACGGCCUGGAUGAAAGUAGACUUUCACUGGAUUUCAACAACCAUGAGGUCGUGUCUGAUGUCACACAGGAGUCAUCAGUCAGCGUGCUGCUGACAAACCUCAUCCAGGGGAAGCUGCUUCCCUCGGCUCUCGUCUGGAUCACUUCCCGACCUGCAGCGGCCAAUCGGAUCCCUCCUUCAUGUGUCGACAGGGUAACAGAAGUACGAGGCUUCACUGACGUCCAGAAGGAGGAGUACUUCAGGAGGAGGUUCAGUGAUGAAGAUCUGUCCAGCAGAAUCAUCUCACACAUCAAGACCUCCAGGAGCCUCCACAUCAUGUGUCUGAUCCCAGUCUUCUGCUGGAUCACUGCUACAGUUCUGGACCACAUGUUGACUACAGACCAGAGAGGAGAGCUGCCCAAGACCCUGACUGACAUGUACUCACACUUCCUGCUGGUUCAGACAAAGAGGAAGAAGCAGAAGUACGAUGAGGGACGAGAGACGAGUCCACAGGAGCUGACGGAAAUUAAAAACAAUUUUCUAUCAAACUGUAAAUAAGUUCAUGUCUAUAUUAGUAAUCAAGUACUAUUGAUGCAUUUUAUAUCAUUCAGUGGAGCCUUUUAAGUUUGUUUUCUUUAAAAACAAAACUUUGAUAACAAUGUAUCAAUGUGUAAAGUAAGUUAAGUUAUUAACUGUA